AUGGGGAACGGGAUCGACGUCGAGUGUAGCAAGCAGCUACAUCUGCAGCGGGCAGCCGGCAGCACCGUGCAAGGUGGCACUGCGGGAUCCGCGGGAACCUCCCUGUCGACAAUGGCGGCAAUGGCGCGCAGGAUGUCUAGCGUGCCAAAAGGAGGUGUUUUCAGGAAUUUAACUUAUGUGUCAAUUGCUGGAAAUAGCAUGUUAUGUGGUGGAGUGCCUCAGCUUCACUUGGCUUCAUGCUCUAUGACCAACACAGGCAAGAAUAAAAUUGGGUGGUCGAAGUCAAUCAUAAUAGCUCUUGCAACAACAGGAUCAAUAUUGUUGCUCAUUUCACUGGUUGUCCUCACUCAUAUUUUCUGCAAGAAGGCAGGAAGACAGAAGGACCAAGAACCGCCUAUGCUUAUGGAGGAAAGAUAUCCGAGAGACUCUUAUAAUGCAUUAUCAAUGGGAACUGAUGGAUUCUUGGAAGCAAACUUGCUUGGGAAAGGAAGAUAUGGUGCUGUCUACAAAUGCACUAUGGAUGACGAAGAUACAAGUACAACUGUGGCUGUAAAGGUGUUUAACCUUCAACAAUCAGGAUCAUCCAGGAGUUUUGACAUCGAGUGUGAGGCGUUGAGAAUAGUGCGUCACCGUUCCCUUAUAAAGGUUAUCACAUGUUGCUCGGGCGUCGACCCCCAAGGGCAAGAGUUCAAGGCGCUAGUUUUUGAGUUCAUGCCUAAUGGUAGUUUAGAAGGUUGGCUUCAUCCAGAAUCUGAAGAACUCACUUUGAGUAAUACACUCAGCCUAGGUCAGAGGCUAGAUAUUGCUGUUGAUGUUGUGGACGCAAUUGAAUACCUUCACAGCCACUGUGAGCCACCAAUCAUCCAUUGCGAUCUCAAGCCAAGCAAUAUUCUUCUUGCGGAGGAUAUGAGCGCCCGUGUUGGAGAUUUUGGCAUCUCAAAAAUACUUGGCGAAAAAAUAAUAAGUAAUCAAAAUAAUUCAAAUAGCACAGUUGGGAUAAGAGGUACCAUUGGUUAUGUUGCUCCAGAGUGUGGGGAAGGCUCUGCAGUCUCAACUGCUGGCGAUGUGUACAGCCUAGGCAUAUUGUUGCUUGAGAUGUUUACUGGAAGGAGCCCCACAGAUGACAUGUUCAGAGAUUCACUGGAUCUGCAUAAGUUUGCCGACGAUGCUCUUGGCGAGAAAACCUUGGAGAUAGCUGAUUCGACAAUUUGGCUGCAUGCAGAACCAAAGGAUGACACUGCAAGUAAUAGAAUCAAGGAUUGCUUAGUUUCCAUCUUCAGGCUCGGCAUAUCCUGCUCAAAGCAACAACCCAGAGACAGAAUGCUGAUAAGAGAUGCAGCAGUAGAGAUACAUACAGUCAGAGAUGAAUACCUCAUGUUUUCAACUUAUGAAUACUUAACUUACGGCUGA